UCGCGCACGUUUUAAACGUCAUUUCAGGGUAGUUGGGAUGUUUCUGGAUUCAAAACAGAAGUUUGUUUUAUUUUUGGCUUUUUCAAUUCCCUGCUACAAUGAAUUAAGGUACUGUGGAGCCGAUGAAUGGGAGUCGGAGGAGUGCACUAUUUAGUUCGCUCGCUUGGUUAGUGUAGCAAAUUGUCGUUAGCAUAAUGCCAAGAGUCUUUGAAUUAGGAGUACGAUGCGAAACAAACUCAAGCGGAGCAACAAAUGUAAAGAUGCUCCAUGUCCGAGCAGAGAGCAGACGAGAACAGCCGAGGUGAUCAGGUUGGUGUUGUCAGACUCGAGUUGUUCCUAUGAUGAAACAUCACCAGAGAGAGAUUCAGCCUCGCUGGCUGCAGGAGACACACAUGUUGCUCCUGCAGGCAUCUCCACCACACAAGUUAAACCACUUCAGGAGCAGAGGAAGACUUUUUGCCCAAAAUACGUUAAAAUUGCACCAAUUUUCUUACGUACAACUAAGCAAAGCCAGAGUAAACGGAGCCGGGAUGUGAAACUGGAUCAGCCUGCAGACCAGGUGCAGGAAUUAGUGCUCCCUGAUGUGCAGCUGGGGAAAAGUCAGCAGCGUGCAUCACCUACAGAGAGAAAGAGAUCCUGGAGAGCACAGCUGUCAGCCUCAGCUCUGCACAUCUGCAUGGAGGAAAUCCAAACCUCCAACCCAGCGUUAUCAGUGCAAACAGUGUUCAAUACUUUGCAGAAGAAAGCGAGUGAGAGGCUGCAGAAUGUGGGAUCCACAGCAGAAAACUCCCGUCAAAUCCACUUAACUGAGAAGAGAAAACGGAUAAAUGAAAACUCUGAGAGGGUGUUCAAACGUCUGAGGUCUAGUGUCACAGCAGAGGAUACCGUUGGUAUGGGUCACUGUCCCGUGUCAACACAUUUUAUCCAGGAAUAUCCUGUCCCAUUGGUCCAACAACAGCGCAGAAGCAACAAGCUCAGUCGUACUCACAGGCUGAGGCAGCAACGUGGGAGCCCAGCAGGCCUGGUGAACCACUAUGAGCCCCUUCCUCUACUGAUAAAUCAAUCAGAGUCUUGCAUCCAGUCACUCAAAACCUCUGAUAUCCUUCAAAAAGAUUCCAGUUUUGAGGAUGUUCUCUGGACAGACAAAUACAGUCCUCAGCAUAUUAGUGAAGUCAUUGGCAACUCCGCCUCUGUGAAUAAACUACAAAGUUGGUUAAAGAAAUGGAAACUAAGAGCUGACUGUGACGAGAGGAGAAAAAUGGAGGAGAAGAAGCAAGAAGAUAACAGCAAUGACUCAUGGGACUGUGGAGACUUCCAGGGUGAGGGGGGGGGCGAGGGCGACCGAGAGGAGCCGCUCUGCAACACCAUGCUGAUCACCGGACCUCCAGGGGUGGGAAAGACCGCCUCGGUGUACGCCUGCGCCCAGGAACUUGGCUUCAAGGUGUUUGAGGUGAACUGCUCCUCCCAGCGCAGUGGCCGCCAUGUUCUGUCCCAGCUGAAGGAAGCUACCCAGUCCCAUCUAGUGGAGAUGCCAGGGAAGGACCCACUGAAACCAACCUACUUCAACAACUACAGCAUCAACAGCUGCACUCCUAGACCUGACACUUUACCUGGAAAAACAGUGCGUCCCAAAAACAUCACCUGUACCUCUAAAAGGAAAGCAGCUCAGAACUUAGGUCACCCAAGUCGCAAAGGAAAAGCAAAUCAACCAACAGUCACUUUGACCAACUACUUUCAAAUGAAGGCCAAAGCAGAUCGCUUACACUUUGGGGAUUUAUUGCCAUCUGAUGAACCAGAUGGCAGGAAAUCCGUAAACCCAUCACCAGGCUCUGAUCAAACGGUGCCGCAGAACAAAAAGACUGCCACGUCGCUCAUUCUGUUUGAAGAGGUUGAUGUCAUUUUUCAUGAUGAUGUGGGUUUCUUUUCGGCCAUCAAAACGUUCAUGACGACCACUAAAAGACCGGUCGUUCUGACCACCAAUGAUCCCUUAUUCAGGGAGAGAUUUAACAGCAGCUUGGAGGAAAUCAUUUUCAAAACCCCAUCAGUGGUGAAUGUCUGCAGCUACCUGCAGCUGGUGGCUUUGGCUGAGAGCGUGCAGCUGGAGCUGGACGCUGUCAAGAGGCUGGUCAGUCUGUGCAGAGGAGACGUCAGGCGCUGUCUGCUGCAGCUGCAGCUCUGGCUGCAGAGUGGAGGAGGACAGACAUCUUGUGAGGAGCUUACUCAUGUACAGUAUUUGAGUGGUCGUAAAAGAGGACAAGAUGUAGACUUCCAGCUUCCUAAAUCUGACCCAUGCUGUGCUGCUAGCAUGCUAGGUCUCCACACUGUGACCCAAAACCAACUGGUAAACCUUUACAGUCUAAUGUUUGGUAUGAAAAUGACACGGAGCAGCUCCUGAGGCUCCUGGCAGAGAGCUGGAGAGGGGGUGUUCCUCUUCUGUAUUCAAACCUGGAGCUUCUUCUACCCGCCGGGGCCCCGGGGUCUCGUGCUGCGCUGCAGAACGAGCCGGACCCUCCUCACAUCGAUCUUCACGUCAAGCAGCUUGAUGGAUAUGUCAGUGUUAAGGCAUCAGCCACCAACAGCAAAUCUGUUAAGAACAUCUCCAGGCUUAGCAGAAACAAAUGUAUCACAGCAAUGAUUGACGACACAUCAUCUUCCAGUUUGACACAAAGAACUCCAUUAUCAUCA